AUGAUAACGGUAAAUUUUGAGAAUCAAAAUGGGUUAACGCCAAUGGCGAGUUUUGGAGGAACUAUUCAGGCAUCACCUACAGUGAGUCAACAACAAUUACCUAAUGCAACCCAGUACUAUUUUCCUCCUCAACAACAAGUUGGAGGAGUCCAAUCAUUACCCGUUUUAUCAACAAUUCAACCUAAUUAUGUGCAGCGUUAA